AUGCCCUACCAUGACUAUCCGACCAACUACCCAGACAUUGAAAACGAUGACCGUGAACGUAUGCGAAUUUGGCACAAUGGUGUUUGGGAAACGAAAAAGCAUGUGAUCAUUGGUUUUCGUGUGAAAAACGAUACUAGUCUGAUCCAUUUCAAAGCACACGAUCUGAAGACUGGACUGGUCGAAUUCGAAUGCGACUUCGGACCUGCUGUGGAGGGCGAAUGUUGUGUGGACAAUCGAGACCGGGUGACGAUGCAAGUGACUGAUGCAUGUGAGAAGCGUGUGGUUGCCACCGAAUUCACAGAAGACCAUCGUGAUGUCUACUAUAUCAGUCGACUGCCAGGAUCGAGCUGGAAUACGUCGAUUAUCAACAUCAAGGUGCAAACACCGAACGGCACGAGACGGUACUUCUACGCCAAACCAGAAACUGUGUCUCCCAUGGUGUGUCCUGAGAUUCUACGUGGUGGUCAUGAAAGCGACAUUCCGGGACUAGUGGUCCGACUGUCUACGACGGAGGAACACAGUAUGUCAUAUCAUAUACUGGAAACCACUGGUGUUUACAUAGCGGAAAGUGAGUGGUACCACAUUACCAUUCGGACGUUUCAACGACCAGACGAUAUCUUAACAGGUUACGAAGUUUACUACGACGAAACUGUGGACGUUCAGAACGCCCACCGUAUGCAUGACCAAACAACCCAUCCAGCUGAUGCUGAUUUCACACUGGCGACGGAGCGUGUCCAACUGUUUCAAGAUUACCGGAAGUACUUUCGCAGACACAGAUUCCGCUGGUUUUUCAGGUACAAUAGUAGAGCUCUUAUAUUCGUAUUGACAGAAGCAACACAAACGAAACCUGAAUACGUGAGGCACGUAGCGAGGCAGUGGAUAAAGUAUAAAAAUAAAUCUGUGAAGUUCACAUGGCAGUACGGAUGUUCGCCAGGCGUUCGGUUGGUUCCACUGUUAACCCUCAUUCUUCGGGUAGUUCGCCCGGGCGAGGAGGUACGCCAUUUUGUGAAUAUUCCCAAAGUUAAUGGGACCGAGGUCAAAUGUGAAAAGUACGUGGACGAAAUUGCUUCCUACAUUCCAGCUCCCCGCUUGGUUCUCCACCCAGACAUGCAAUAUGUCCACAUUGAAAGGACCAGACUAGAUGAUACAGGCUGGUACAGAUGUGUCGAGACCAAGAGUGGGGAGUUUGUGCUCCCACGUGGCGAAAUCCAAGUGUUACUCGAGGAUUACCACAUUAACAUGUCUUUCGCCUAUAACGAUACAGCCAACACUACAUUACUGAACGUAGAAGCUCAGCCUUACAGAUCCGCGGGAGUGGUCUUCACAGGAAGCCUACCAUUCGUCUAUUGUACUUACCAGCGGAAAUUCCAAGGCCACAUGGUUUUUGGACUUGUGGAUUUGACGACCAAAACGAAUUGCACAAUGUGUGCCUUCGUGAGAGAUUACGACAGGCACGAGUAUGGUCAGACCAAAUACGAGAGGGUCUAUAGUAUAGGACCGUACAAACACACUCCACCCGUUGUAGAAAUCAGCAUGGGAUGUGCGAGCACAUUUACCUCAUACCGGAACUAUCGCGACUACAGGGGGAUCCACACUCGUUCGGAUUAUAUUUCCACUCCGGAUCGACGUCAAUCCAUGGCUUACCAUCGAAUGUUCUAUUCAAAGGAUGGUAAGCCUUACAUUUUGGUCGAUACAAUUCAAACCAGUAGGACCCAGAUCACCAAUAGACUUAAACAAUCGACCGCGGCUAGCUUGAAUCUCGUCUCUGUUCUCCUAUUACCGGUCAGUGAAGAGCCAGUGGUGGGUGUGUUGACGGGCAGUUUUCUAGCCUAUCACACUCUACCUCUCGGAUGGGGCUCAGUUUGGACAAUCUACCUGAAAUCCGAGGGCGAAUAUGCAUACCGAGACUGUGAAGUGGCGGUGAUCAAAGUGACCGACACACACCCGGUCAGUUGGGUGUACGAAACAGUCUAUAAUGUUGUGUGGAACUAUACAUUCAUAUGCGUGUUGAGCCAAGUCACGGAGCUAAUUGUCUUAAGCUCGUUCAACGUGUAUCGAUCGGAAGUGGACAUGAAGGAAUACGAGAGGAAGUUUCGUGACGAAGUAAGAGCCAUACUGACAACGUUUGAUCCAUCGGACAGAAAAUCCUACGAUCCAAGCACGCUUUCCGAAUCGAAUGAAUUUCACGAGUCCCACCGAAUUGUACGAAUCAAGUCCGACCCGACGUUUGUUCAGAAUAACACCCAACCGCCGAUUAUCUACGACAAACUCAUUCGGUCUAGUCAACCGGUUAUUUUUGAAAAUCUUUUCGAAUCCGGAAUGGAGUUCUCCAACGCAGCCAGUUUCCACAAGAAGGUCAGAUUCCUGAAAGUAACCUCAGAACGCCCGGAACCUCCUGCUCCACCAAAAUCUCGACAGGAAAGCCGGCAAGCAUCCAGGCCAGUCAAUCAUUCAAUCAAUUCACCAAAGCUGAUGAGUGUUCUUGCACGCCACACAAGCACAACCGAAUGUGAUCAGCGUUCAGGCUUUUCAUAG